AUAAUUUUUUUUUGAAUAAUUCAUUAGUUUUUCAAAUAAUUAGAAAAAUUUGUGGUAUUUUUUGAUUGAUUUUGAUUUUGAUCUCAACUUUUUCACACUCUUUAAGUAAUUCAUUCAUUCAUUUUUGUGGUUAAUAUCCGACAAAAAUACUAGCCGUCAUCAGCAGUCAGACAGUGAUAUCGAUAUCGGAUGGCGUCACACAUGAAAUUAAUUGGUAGUCUAUUGUCAAAGAAAAGAGUUCCGCUAAUUUUGUCGGCAAUCGCUGGCCAACACUGGCUUCUUGACUAUCGCCGCUCAACAACAACAACAACACCCGGCGGAGGACAUUCAUUGUUUCAACCAAUGAUCAGUCAUUUCCGUCGAUACUGUCCAUUAUCAUCAUCGCCGCCGCUAUUACCGCUGCGAUCGGCUUUCGCUGUCGAACCGUUCGACAAGGAAUGGUUCGAUUCGUUUGUAAUUAUCAGACCCGAGGCCUUUCUGGCGGCGGGAGCGGCGGCGGCCGCGGGCGCACCGCAAGGCCACGAAUCGUACGACAUCGGCAUCGUAUGGGAUCCGCUCGGCUAUAUUAUCACUUCGAACAUGUGGUUUCAUCGUGGAAUGGACGUAUGUGUCCAGUUUGCCGACGGUACCUGUCAUCCGGGUCAAGUAGUCGACAGUAAUUCCGAUUGCAAUAUAGCGACAAUCAAAUUGAAAUCAAAUGUCCAAAACUUACGGAUGGUCGUUAAAGAUGUGGCUACCGAUUCCUAUUCAAUUGGCGACCGAUGUUUUACCGUACAGUCGGUCUGUCCGUCGUUGGCCAACAGCCUACACGAAGGUGUUAUCAUUAAUAACGACUUGAAAUCUACGGAAGUUCCACGAAUGCCUACCCAACUGACCACAACGUUUCCCAAUGUUAUGCAACACACGGCACCCGUAUUCAAUAUGUCACGUUUUUCGGCGGUCAUCAACGGCGACGGCAAACUGAUUGCCGUCAGUAUAUACAACAACUAUAUCAAUGUUAACUUUGCUCUUCGGCUCUACGAUCUCGAAGUUAAGCUACCUUUGAUGGAUAUUAACAAUUUAAACGAAAACUUUGGCCUUUCCACCAUUUUCUAUGAUCCAAAUCCGGAUUAUCGUCAAUACUAUAUUGAUUUGGGUAUUGCUGCCGACAAACUCCCACACUAUCCCGGUGCUCUUGUAUUGCACUCAACUCAAGAUCCAAACACAGUGGACAAGGGUCUACUGAUAACAUUCAUCGAUGGCUUGCGUAUCAAUACAAAGGAAACGUAUGUUAAGGCUUGCAAAACAAUACUCGACGACACCGUACUUCUUGGUUUAGAUCCGUACGAAUAUUUUGGCUCAAAAAAUACCAUUAAUUUGAAACGAUUGGAGGAAAAGGAUAGCUUAAUAUGUCUUUAAAAACAAAAUAUUAAUUUUAAUAUCAUUUUAUUAUUAGUAGUUUUUUUUGUUUGUUUUAUUAUACGUUUAGUUAUUUGUUUUAAAUUAUAUCAAAAAUUUUAUUUAUUUUUAUUUUUUUGUUUGUUUGUUGUUGAUUUGUAC